GCCAAGAUCCAUCCUCAAGUAGAAACUGUAAUCACUUGCUACGGAAAAAUGCUGGUCAAGCACUGGCAAUUCUGGCAAUGGAGAGUACAGAUAACUGUUUGGUUAUGUUAAUGGAACCAGGGUAUGUGUUCAUUAGAGAACUUACAACUAUGAUCCAUGAUAACAGGUACAAAUGUACAGCAGCAAGCCUGCUGUGGAAUAUGUGCGAGCAUGCUCAGCCUGAGCUCAGCAACUCAGACCUGAAGGAACUGUCUUACAUCUUACGAGAGGUGCUGGAACGAACAAUGGAUGCAGAAGGGGCAGAACUAGAGGUCUUUAUUGGCCUUAGUUCACAAAUAUGUAAAGUCAUUCCUGAAGACUUUGCCCGAGAAGUAGAGCAUGGUCAAAUUAAGGAAAAAUUCGUAAAGAGGCUUGUCGAUGUGCUUAAUGCACAUAUGAGACCCAGUGCCCAUUGUCCUGGCAUCAGGAGGGUAAUUGUUCAGCAUGCCAUAUACUUGAUGGAGUUCAAUUCUCGCUAUGCAAAUGAUUUCCACAAAUGCUGGAUGGUGGAAACACUAUCAAUGGUAGAACGUACGCCCUCGAGAUCUGAAAACUACAAGUUGUUUUCAGGAGACACAGGACUCAUGGAGCACAACACACCACUUUCCGCUCUUGUGGCCAGAGCAAAAGAGCUGAUGGGUCGUGAAUGGGUAAGGGGCAUCAGCAGCAGUGUCAACUGAGAUAUAUGUAAUGUAGCUGGACUAAGAGUCUUAAUACUUUCAAUAAACAUGCUCAAUUUCCUCAAGAAAACCAUAUGUAUGAUACAAUUAAACUCCCACAAUGUAUACAGUACGAAGAUUGUAAGAAAAGCAAGUUGAACUGAGCCCCUCGAGGACCGAACUGUAGCAGCUCUAUGCCUCUAUCUUUUUGGUGAUUGGACAAAGGAGUUUUAGAA